AUGUUUUCCGGAAAUGUAUUGGCGGGAGAUGUAUCUUUUCCGGCUCACUACAUUUUCUCAAAGCUAGCAUGCAACGGUUCCACACCACCCCAAAGAGAUUACAGCAAUUCCUUGGCGUCGCUGAAGUCAUUAGCACAUUGGGCUCUCCAGGUCGCAUCUUCGACGAAACCGCUCUUGCUUAGCUCUCAUUCCGAUGUGCAGCAGGCCACCCGCAAGCAAGCUUCCUCCCUCAUAAAACAUGUAUCAACUACCCCUGCUGUGUUCGUGAUCUAUACUUCUAUCACUGGUGAAAACCCUUGUGUUGGUGUAUCUCCCGCCAAACAGAAGAUAUCGCUGUUGGCACUCUAUACUUUGGACAAACUGGGGAAUUUUCAGCUGCUGGGGUCUCUAUAUCUCUCUACCUCCUAUCAGGCCUUCGAAAAUUCUCGGCGAGUAUCUUAUGAAUCAUCUAACGAGAUUAAAGCUUUCCCUCUCCCGCGUCAAAAUCUGGAAUGCAUUUUUUACUUUCUGCCAACAUCGUUCUUCUCAACCACACUCAAGCUUGGUCGUCAAACAUUUUUAGGAUUUAUCAAGAAUGGAUACAGCGGUCCUAGGCGUCUACGCAGCUGCCGAAAAGUCGUUCUUGAUCUCGAUGGGUACCAAAUAACGCAUAUCGGCAAGGGAGCCUUUGCCAUAAUAUCUCGUGUAAUACAUCGAGCUUCAGGAGAAAUUCGGGUUAUGAAGCGGAUCACAUUUGAUAACACGGGCCUUGCUGAAUACCUUGCUAGGAACGAGGUGGACGCACUCAAGGCGAUGUCGGGUAACGUAUGGUUUCCUCCGUUGUUAAACAAUUUUGAGGAAGGAGGCGAAUUUCUCAUUACUAUGCCUUUUUACCAUCGAGGUGAUCUUGCUGCUCUUAUUGAACACAAGGGAUAUCUAGGUCGGAAGCUAGCUCAAUUUUACUCAGCGCAAUUGAUUCUUGCCAUUCAUAACUUGCAUAAAAUGGGAAUAAUCCAUCGAGAUAUCAAAACGGACAACAUAUUCCUCGAUGGGAAUGGGCACCUCGUCCUCGCAGAUCUUGGACUCGCUGAAAACAUCGCAACCUACGAAGGCGGUGAGGAGAUGAUGAAAUACUUCCCAGAGUGGUUAGAAGCUAGGGAUAAAGGCGGGGACGAUUUCCCCUUAUUGUGGGUAAACCAUCGCAAUCCUUUGUCGAUGAUUGGUUCUGCAGGUACGUUUUGGUAUACGGCGCCGGAGGUAUUUAGAAAAGAACGGUAUUCGUUUGGAGUGGAUUAUUGGUCGGUUGGUGUGAUUUAUUACGAGCUUAUUACGGGUCAUAUACCAUUUAACCACUUUAAACCAUACCCUGAAAAUAAACGACCAGAACUUGAUUUCACAAUGAAGCCAGGUCAAUUGAAAGACGUUGUGCACUGGGAAGAAGAGGCAUUAUCCGAGGUUAGGACUUACUACAAUGAAUUGAAUCUUUAG